GUAUCGUGCUCUCUGGGAGGCGGUGCCAUUCCCAGUCCCAUAACGGGAUCGCGCCGCGGCUGCUCCGGCCGUAUGCACGGGGCUCCCGCCAACGCAAGGCAAGCGAUGAGCCCCGGAGGCAUGGGUGUGCAGGAGGUCAACGGAGACGAGGAUUUGGGGCAGUGAAGUUAGCCAAGAUAGAGCACAAGCAUUGCAAGGCAAGACCUGACUCCUGCAAACACAGCUGAGUGCAGAGUGCACAGAACCGCAAGGCAAGACCUGACUCCAAAAGUCGCAAAAAAAUACGUCAGGAGGAAAUAGAAUUACGAGAUCACGAUUCACUUGAUAUAUUCCCAUUCUGCUGAAAUUGGUAAGGUUUUGAGGUGCAUAAUUCAGAUAAGCGAGCUUGAUUUCUAAGAAGUGUUAAACAAAAUAGUACUGCUGUCACCACGAGUCAACAGUGAAGAUAUUCUUGGCGUGAUCGUGGUGACGCUGCUUCGUGCGAUGCCUUUAAUAGUCGUGAUCCGUAAAUGUCCGGGGGAGGUGGAAAACCCUGCUUGGCUGCUGAAGCAAACACCAUAAGUGGUUUAGUGAACGUCAGGUGACAACGUGUCCUCGGGUCGUUUUUAGCUUCAGGGCCUCGAUCCUCCACGACCAUUUAAUGAAUGACGCCAACUGUCGGCUAUUGCUCCAUCGUGACGUUACCUGCUUUGACGGCUAAAUCGAGUGAAAUUCACCUGGCGGAGAGCCCUAUGUCCACUUGCAGCUGCCGUGUGGCCAACUUUGUGUGCAUCCCCUCAUGAAGAGGAGAUCAGCCAAUGACGCCACGGUGAGGUGCACGCCCGCCCAGGUCGAUCUUGCCACCAGCGCCGGGGAGCGGCGGGGGGCCAUGCUGGCAGGCGGCGGCGGCACUAUGUUUCGCGACCAGGUGGGCGUCCUCUCGGGAUGGUUCAAGGGCUGGAACGAGUGCGAGCAGACGGUGGCCCUGCUAGCACUUCUCAAGCGCGUGAGCCGCACCCAGGCACGCUUCCUGCAGCUCUGCCUGGAUCAUUCGCUGUCGGAGAGUGCUGAGCUACGUGUCCUGGAGCGCGAGGCCAACGACCCAGCCUGCAUUGGGCAGUGGCAGCACGAGCCACUGGACAAGGCCGUGCCCCUCCUGCUGUCACAUCUACCGCUGCUCAAGCCCGGCAAUGCAGAAGCCAAGGCCGGCUACCUGGCGCUGCUACCCCGCGCGCUCGCCCAGGCGCUCGACACGGGCCGCCGUGUUGACGAGGCGCGCCAGCUGCUAUCGUAUGCCCUCAUUCACCCGGCGCUGGACGCCGAUGACCGUGGCGGAUUGGCAGGCUGGCUCAACAGCCUGGAGGAGGCGGGCAGCAGCGGCAGAGGCGGCUCCGGGACAACAGCCACGUCGCUUGGCCGGAGGGGCUCGGUGGACUGCCCGCCAAGCGAGCGGCACCACCAGCACCACCACCACAGUCAACACCACCAGCAGGUGGCAUCUCCAGGAGGCUUCAGCCAAGAUGGUGUCGGUGGCUGCGGAGUGAACACCUCCGUUCUCCUGGGCCACCAGCGUCGCCACUCAACAGGCCGUCUCAAUGGCUGGCAUCAACCUCCGCAGCACCACGCACGGGAUUCUGGGAUGGCUGCUGCCCACCACGGCAGCCUCGGCUGGCAGGAAAAUGGCCACGGAGGAGCUCUCUCUGGGAACGGCCUGAGCGGUAGCACUGGUCUGCUGAAGCGCUCGGCGUCUCCCACACCCACCUCGGCAGCCUCCAGCCUGGCGCACCAGUGGCUGUCGCACGAGGACCUACGCCCGCGGGGCGUACCAGGCUUGCACGCCCACCCACCGCCGCCGCAGCCGCCACCACCACCCCCCUACGUGGUGUGCCUGCCGCCAUCGGAGCCGCAUGCCCCGCUCUCGCCACAGGGCAGCGUGGCGUCAUCGGGCAGCGGCGGCAGCAGCGGGGAUCACCCUGACGACGGGCCACCCCUCGCUCGUAACACCUUCCUGGAGGAGGGCAGCGGCAUGCGGGAUGUGCCGGCGUGGCUUAAAAGCCUUCGGCUCCACAAAUAUGCAGGACUCUUCUCCCAGCUGACCUACGAGGAGAUGAUGUCGCUCACCGAGAAACACCUGGAGCACCAGGCGUUCGCUUGGCCCGCACAGUGCGUCACCAAGGGGGCUCGACACAAGAUCGCUCUCAGUGUGCAAAAGCUGCGCGAGCGCCACGAUGUGCUGCACUCUCUCGAGAAGGACAUAAUGGAAGGCGGUAGCUUGGUACGAGCCGCACUGCAGGAACUGCACCAGAUGAUCCUGACGCCCAUUAAGAUGUACUCGCCGGCGAGUGCUUCUGCACCCAGUGCUCACCAAGACAGUGGGAGCUGUGGCAAUUCAUCCCCGGCAAGACGAAGGGAGGUUGGGAACAGCCCCAGCGUCUCAGGACGUCCGCCAUUGGCAGGAAUGGAGAGGAGCGACUUUAGUGGCCUGGGAACCCUGUCUGCCGCACAUGGUGAUGGCCUCGGGGGUUCAGCGGGUGCGGCAAAUGAGGGAACCCAUGUGAGCGAGGGGGAUCUGCCGGGCCAGUUUACGCGCGUCAUGGGCAAAGUGUGCACACAGCUUCUUGUGUCACAUCCGGAUGAAGACAGUGUUGCCUCAUACCUGCAGCUCCUUGACAAGUGUUUGGUCCAUGAGGCCUUCACGGAGACUCAGAAAAAGCGCCUGGUUUCGUGGAAGCUGCAAGUGCAGAAGUUGCUGCGCGUCUUCCCGCGACGUGCCCUCUUCGAGAUGCAGGCGUUCCGGCAGCCCUCCCGGGGGUGGGGAAUGUUUGGCCAGUCCAGUUCCCUGCCGGGCGUGGGAGGUGGCGGCAGUGUGCUGGGGGGUGCGCCGGCCAGCUCGGUGUGCGGCCUAUCGGGGAGUCGCUGGGCCUCGCGCCCAUUCCCUGCACCGCACCGUAGCCUGCCGGGUAGCGGCCGCCUGGGUCUCAUGGGUCCCGGCAACAACGGCCUCGUUUCCACGCCUCCACGUGCCUCGCUCAGCAGCCCGGUCAUCGCGCCUGCUAAGGGUCGGCAGAACUUAUGGUUCGGGGGAGUCCUGCCUGGGAGCUCUGGUAGCCCCAGCGGCGGUGGUGGAGGAGCAGCCAGCGGAAGCGGUGGCGUUGCGGCGCCACGCCCGCACGGCUCGGUGCAGCGCACGCGUUCCCUCCCCAUGACCGUCUCCCCGCAGGCCAUGCUGCUGUGUCAGCAGUCAGAGUUUCAAGUUCUGGUGACAGAGCCGGAGAUAAAUACGAGGCUGGAGUCGCUGUGCCGGAGCAUGACGGAGCAUGCCCUUGAAGACGGAAUGGAAAGAACAUCGACGAUCUAGAUGGAGUGGUGUUGGCUGUUUUCUGUGCCCGGCAGCAGCCUCAUUACAUCGCUCGACUUCAAUAACCUCCCAUCACAAACUCAUGGCCUGAAUAUGGGCUUUUAAACACAUUUUUUUGUCUGAGUUUUAUAUAUAGAUUUGAAAAUUUGCAAUGAGCAGUGCCAAAAAAUAAAUAUGCAGAAGCAUUACUUACCUUUCUUUUUUUACACACACCAUUUUCUAAACUUUAUACUCUUUGUUGAAGUAUAAAUGUAACAAUAUGGUUUUACUGGGUUGGUAUGAAUUCAGAAAAUAUCAUAAAAGGGGCCCUACUUGUUGCAAAUAUUUCACUGUUACCAUACAUGUUAGCUUAGGUAUACGUCUUGAUGGAGCUUCUGAGUAUUUUUAUUGGUUCUGCUGAAAAGUGCCUGGCCAGGGAGCAAAGAUGAGCUCCUGACGCCAAAAUAAAUAUUUCCUUGACGUU